GAAAACACGGUACCGGCCGGAUUGGCAAGCCAGUAUCAUUCUGCUAGCUAGCUGUAUACUAGCUAGCUAGGAAGAGCACAACGCACUCGUUGAGUUUAGUUUGCUUCUCACGAAUUUUGCUCCGUUUGGAGCACAGUCGUUUGAGAAACCAUCAUAUUUCGUUCAAGUGGAUCAAUAGUGAACUUUACAUCAUUCGUUAUUGGCGAUCGACGGGAUUUACAGGACGAUUUUACAGAAUAGAUUGGCGGCGGUUGUAAAGGUUAGUUGCCUUGCUGUCAUGUCUGUUCAGGCGCAAGACUGUACAUGUACAUGAUGUUGUGAGCACCAAGCAGUGCCAAGUGUUGAUCAACGAUGCCCAUUCGACACAACCACUAAAGAGUAAAGUAUGCACAUCUUUUGCUUGUUCGAACACUGGUAUAAAUGCAGUGAGCUCAGGAUGGGGGAGCUGAAAGCAUGUGCCAUUAUGCAGGAUUGACAAAGUGUCAUCAUGCACCAGGAAAGUACUUUCAAAGGUGCACGUUCAAGUUCCAGGAGAGUGGAGAAUUUCAGCUUCAGAAGUGAUUCAGUGGCAACACCUUUACAUUAGAAACAAUCUUUGUUCAAUGAUAGCCAAAAAGAAUUUUGUUUGAUUUCACAAAUUGGAACGUUAAAAGAUGAGGCGUGUUUCGCUGGGCCCAGACGUGGCCUUCGUGCUGCGUUUUGGGUGCAGCAGGACCGAUGUUAGACCACACUGCGUGCUAUGGUGGAAGACAGAGACUCUGGUCUUCGUCUUCAUGACUUGCAUUGCCUUGUGUCUAGGGCAGGAGCAGACACCAAGCAUUACCUAUAACAUUGAAGAAGGGUUACCGGUUGGGACCCAAGUUGGGGACAUUAGUGUUGACCAACAGAUAGCUGGGCCGUACUUAUCUGUCCAUGUCCCUGCCGACUAUUUAGAAUUCACUCAAGAUGGCAUCAUAACCACUAAAGCAGUCUUGGACCACGAGCAGGAGAGUGUGUUCGAUUUUUUUGCACUGCCAAUCACACCAAACCCUCCUCAGAUUGCAAUUAGAGUCAGUGUAACUGAUGUAAAUGAUAACUCCCCAGUCUUCCCAAACUCUGAAAUCGACCUAGAUCUGUCAGAAUCUACUCCAAUUGGUGCCAAACGAUCCUUGGACUCAGCUAGAGAUGCGGAUGAUGGAAUUUUCAGCACACAGGGCUACCGGAUUCUCUCCGGUAAUGUGGACAACAAGUUUGAAUUAGAUUUCCGAACAGCGCCAAAUGGUGAAGUCUUCCUCGAUUUGGUGAUUAAUGAUACCCUCGAUCGGGAAACUACCCCAAACUAUACCCUAGUGAUUGAAGCUUAUGAUGGUGCUUCGCCUCCAAGACUCGGAAACAUGACUGUGAAUGUUAACAUCCUUGAUAUAAAUGACAAUCCUCCAGUUUUUGCCCCAACAAGAUAUUCCUCAACGGUGAAUGAGACCUUGGCAGUUGGAAGUCCAAUUCUUCAGGUGACAGCAUCAGACGCCGAUGAAGGCAUCAACGGAGCUGUUAUGUAUGAAGUGCUUCCCCAAAGUGAUCCCAAUGAAAUCUUCGGCAUAGAUCCCAACACUGGGUGGCUCUAUCUUAACAAGGAACUUGACCACGAAUUAUUUGAUUCGAUAGUCCUCGUUAUCAUGGCAAGAGACAGUGCAACUCAGCCGGAGAGAAGCUAUGCGUAUGCCACAAUCAACAUCUUGAAUGUUAACGAGCAGCCGCCCAACAUCAACAUUGUCUUCCUGAGUGAAGACGGUGAACCAAAGAUAUCGGAGGCUGCCGUACCUGGAGAUUUUGUAGCCCGAGUCUCAGUCAAUGAUCCGGACGAAGGAGACCUCACUAAUGUGAACGUUACCUUGAUAGGUGGAGAGGGAACGUUUGGCAUCAUGACACGUAACAACAUCAUCUACCUGAUCUGCCUUCAGAGUAGUUUAGACCGUGAACUGAUCCCAAGUUAUGAUUUAUCCAUCACUGCACGAGAUUUUGGGAUACCACCUCUCCACACACAAGUGGACAUCACCAUCUAUGUGGAGGACAUUAAUGACAACCCGCCCAUAUUUGACGAAGUAGAGUACUCUGCCUCCAUUCUGGAGAUCGUGGAGAGGGGUUCAAUGGUUACUCAAGUUCAUGCUGAUGAUGCGGAUGCUGGGAUGAAUGCAGCCGUCACUUAUCAGAUAGUGAAUGAACCCGGGUCGUACUCAGAAUGGUUCACCAUAAACAGCGAGUCUGGCUUGAUCACCACAGAUCAGCUCAUUGAUCGUGAAACCGUUGACACUGUCAGACUUACAGUUCAAGCAUCAGAUGCUGGCAUUCCAUCGUUUUCAGCCAAUGUGACAGUUGUCAUCUCACUCCGUGAUGUCAACGAUAACCAACCCCAGUUCCUGUUGUCAUCCUACAAUGCCAGUAUACCUGAAGAUACCAACAUCAACACAUGCUUCUUGCAGGUCCAAGCUGAAGACCCCGAUUCAGGCAACUUUGGCCUCGUUACCUACUCCCUCAGCCUGGGUUACGGUUCCCAACCACCGCCGGAAUUCUACAUCCAAAGUGACGAUGGUUACAUCUGCACAGCUACUCAGCUUGAUCGGGAUGCGGGCAGGACAUCGCUGGAGUUUCCAGUACAGGCAACAGACGGUGGGGGUUUGAGCAGUAUAGCCCUAGUGAAGAUAACAUUACUAGAUGUCAACGAUAACAGACCGGUGUUUUAUCCAUCAACUUAUGCAGUUGACGUUGAUGAGAGCAGUCCUGAGGGUACUGUAAUCACGACAGUUUCUGCCCAGGAUCAAGACUCGGGAACAUUUGGCAGAGUAACUUAUUCCAUUUUGUCUGGCAACAGUCAAGGCAUUUUCAGCGUUGCCGAUGAAAGUGGUGUUAUAACACUGAUUGGUACCCUGAGUCGUCAGCAGCAGUCCUUGCAUUUCCUGGAAGUUUCUGCCGUGGAUGGUGGGGGCCAGUCUUCCUUAGAUAAUGCCCAGAUUAGUAUCAGUGUUGUGGGUCCCGACGAUUCGCCCCCGAUGUUCAACCAGUCACAUUAUAGUUUCACCGUGAGGGAGAAUGCACAACGGUUCCACAUUCUUGGUUCAGUCCAUGCACGAAAUGUAGAUCCAACUAACUUGGCAGUGAUUUCUUACUCCAUUUACUCUGGAGAUCCGCAAGGAUAUUUCAGCUUAAAUCCAGCCACUGCUGAGUUGUCCAUCAAUUCUCCUCCAGACUAUGAGCUCUACCCUUACCUGAUCCUGACCAUUCAGGCUGCAAGUGGUAACCCUCCUCUCUACGGACUCACCAAUGUCAAUGUCACCAUCAUUGAUGAGAAUGACAACACUCCACAGUUCCCUAAAAACAGGGAGGUUGUGGUGGUGCCAGAGAGCACAGCAGUUGGUAGUAUUGUCUUUGUUGCUAUGGCAACAGAUCGGGAUAGUGGGGAUUUUGGAUUAGUGCGGUAUAAACUCGUCCAGAAUCCAGACAACAAAUUUUCUGUCCACCGAGUCAUGGGACAAGUAGUUCUUGAGGACGAAAUAAGCUAUAAUGAUCAGAGCUCCUAUGAGGUCAUCGUCCAAGCCUUCGAUCGUGGGAGCCCAUCUUUGAAAACUAACCUGACGCUCAACGUGUUGGUGCAAGAUGUGAAUGAUAAUGGCCCACAAUUCAACCCUGCUACCUACCAGAUGGACGUUUCCGAGGCAACACCCAUCAGCACACGGGUUGUACAAGUCAUGGCAACAGACCAGGACCAGGGUAUCAACGCACGCAUCACGUACACGCUCAGGCCAAGCGUAGAUGCAACGUACUUUGCCAUCUUCCCUGACGAUGGAUGGGUAUACACUCGGCAACGCUUGGACUACGAAUUGAGGUCAGAGUUCAUCCUUGACGUCAUCGCUUCAGACAACGGAAGCCCUCCUCAGAACAGUUCAGCUGUAGUGCGCCUGCUUGUCACUGACAUGAACGACAAUUCCCCCCAGUUUGCACAGACAACGUACUACCUAAACUUGGACGAGAACAUGGAUGCCAACACAGAAGCUGGACAAGUUGUCGCUGAGGAUCGGGAUUCUGGGAUAAAUGCUCAGAUUACAUACACACUGGAGGGGAGCAGUGCCUUUGGGAUUAAUCCCUCAACAGGAGUUAUAACCACAACGCAAAGUCUAGAUCGUGAGAGGACAGCCAGCUAUGAUAUGACAGUCACAGCCACAGAUCACGGACAGCCACCCAACACGGCUGUUACAAGUGUACACGUCAGCGUGAAUGACUUGAAUGACAACAGACCCACAUUCUUACACCGCAGCCAAUAUGAUGCAUCCAUCAUGGAAGAACAGACGCCAGGAGAGUUUGUAGCUAAAGUGAUUGCAUUUGAUCCAGACAGUGGCGAGAACGGAACAAUUACUUAUUCAUUUGAGAGUGGAGGUGAUCAUUUUGAUCUGGAUUCCACCACGGGCUUAAUCACUACCAAGAGUACCCUCGAUAGAGAACGAAACCAGCUGUACAUGAUCUCUGUCAUUGCGCGAGAUAAUGGCACCCCACCCCUGCAGUCAAUUAUUGAUGUUGUGGUUCACAUCCAAGACAUCAAUGAUAAUGUGCCUGUCGCUGAGAGAGCUGCAUACACAUUCACGAUCGAGGAGAAUCAUGAGCCAGGGUCAACAGUUGGUCAAGUGAGAGCGCAUGAUCCAGAUGCAGGAGACAAUGGGAAGAUAUUCUACAGCAUCAUUGAUGGUAAUGAUUAUGCCUUGUUUGGGAUCAACCGAACGAGUGGAGUUAUCAUCAACACCAGGGUGGUGGAUUUUGAGUUGAGCAGCCACUAUCAACUUACGGUCUUUCUGGAAGACAAUGGGCCUUUACAUCCACAGACAACAAGGGUUACAGUAAACAUCAACGUCUUGGACAUGAACGACAAUGCCCCUGUCUUUGCCACUGACCCGAUUCAGUUCACUCUCAGUGAGAAUGUUGCUAUCGGUCACUUAGUUCGGACCUUCCUUGCAACUGAUGCUGACUCGGGGACAAACAGCGACAUCCGCUAUAGUAUUCAAACACCACAGCCAAUGUUCUCCAUCGAUGAGAUAACCGGCGCUCUGACCACGACAGCUGAGAUUGACCGCGAGUCUGACUCCCGGUUCUUGUUUGUCGUUCAAGCUACGGAUCAGGCUGCCAUUUUGUCAGAUCGCAGAUCAAGCACAGUUACGGUCAGUAUCUUAGUGGAGGACAGAAAUGACAACGCCCCUGUCUUUGAGUCUCGCGACUUCACACAUAUUAAUGAGGAUGAACCAGUAGGGUACCCCAUCCUUCAUGUCCAUGCCAGCGACGCAGAUGUUGGGGAGAACUCACGCUUAGUCUACGAGAUCAAAUCUGGGAACGAGGAAGGAAGAUUUGCAAUUGAAUCCAUCACAGGUUUACUGUCCGUCGCUCAUCCUCUUGACCGUGAGCAUGAGACACUCUACACCCUCAAUAUCACAGCCACAGACCAUGGACUACCACCCCUGACCAGCUGGCAGACUCUGGAGAUCAAUGUAGGGGAUGUCAAUGACCUACCUCCCCACUUCGACCCCUCCUCUUAUGUCAUGGAGGUGCGUGAGGGUGUUGUCAGGGGUACAUAUGUGGGCACAGUCACAGCACAGGACGGGGACACAGGUACAAACGGAGACAUCACCUUUGAGAUUCCCACUGGCAUUGCAGACAAUAAGUUCACAGUGGAUGCUUCAACUGGAGUCAUUGUGACAGACGGUGAGCUGGAUAGAGAGGCUAAGGACUCCUACAGUGUAACAGUGUAUGCCCGAAAUGGUGGCUUCCCGGUUCGCUACGAUGUGGCAUCAGUGAUUGUCUAUGUUCAAGAUUCUAACGAUCAUGCUCCAGGCUUUGCAACCAGUCAUUAUGAGCUUAGUGUCCCUGAAAACGAGCCAGCAAGUGCUGUCCAUGUCGUUGUAGCUGAAGAUAAAGAUAUUGGUGACAACAGCAACCUGACGUACUCCAUCCGCGAUGGUAACAUAGGUGGCCUGUUUGAACUUAACUCAGUAACCGGUCAGCUGUCUACUACAGGCCCUCUUGACCGUGAGGUGACACCCCAGUACAACCUGACCAUCCGUGCCACUGACAAUGGUGUCCCUUCUCAGUCUGGGGACACUGUCAUCACUGUCAAUGUCCUGGAUGAAAAUGACAAUGACCCUGUUUUCACGAUGCCAUCGUAUCACUAUGAGUUGGCUGAGAACACUGGAAUUGGGGUGUCGUUGAUGACAGUCGAAGCUGUGGAUGCAGAUGAAGGGACCAAUGCGAUGGUUCAGUAUUCACUAGAUAAUUCCACGCUGGGCCUGUUUGGUAUUGACGUCAACAGUGGCCAGCUCACUACAACUGGACUCUUUGACUUUGAGAAGGAAUCACAGUACAUCUUCCAAGUCUGUGCGACAGACGGGGGCAGUUUUGGACCCCGCUCAGAGAAAGUCCAAGUUGUUGUGGACGUCACUGACAUUAACGACAAUGCUCCGGUCUUCACGAUGGUUCCGUUCAGAGCUAAUCUAUCUUUGGGGUCACUGUCUGGCGCUUAUGUGACGAGAAUUGUGGCAGAGGAUAAAGACUCUGGUGACAACAGAGAAGUCAACUAUCGAUUUGCCCAACCGUCUGCUGAAUUCACUCUUGAUGCCUCAACCGGUGUGGUUCUGACGUCUGUCGUCAUGGAUACUGAGGGCCUGUACCGACUGGAGGUAGAAGCCUAUGACUUAGGAACACCCUCCUUGUCAACUAGAGGUCUUGUAGAGGUUCAUGUUGGAAAUGCUGCUGCUGUCAGACUGGAGUUCUUAUCGUCGGAGUAUGCCGCGUCCGUCCUUGAAGAUGAGUCGGCUCACACUCAAAUCCUUAUCCUGAAAGCUGUUCGGAGUGAUGGCAAUCCAGCUGGUCAGGUCACGUACUCUAUCAUUAGCGGCAACGAUGACGGAGCAUUUGAGAUCACCGGCCAGUCAGAUUCUGGCAUUCUGUCUGUUGUGGAUUCUUCAACCCUGGACUACGAGACAACACAGCAAGCGCGAUUGGUGGUGCAGGCAGAAGCACCCUCUAUUGGUGCCGUACCUCUCUACGGAUACGCAACUGUACUACUGAACCUGCUGGAUGCAAACGAUAAUAUUCCCCGCUUUGUUCAAGAUAAAUACACAACAUCGGUAUGGGAGGGACAGGCUGUUGGAAUCUAUGUCAUACAGGUAUCUGCCAACGAUGCUGACCAAGGUGGUAACGGACAGAUCACCUACACUAUCCGCAGUGGAAACUUUGACAAUGCCUUCAAUCUUGAUCCCGUCACCGGUAUUGUGACAACUAAUGCUCACCUGGACCGUGAGAUCCGAGAUAAUUACAAGCUGACGAUAGCGGCCAGAGACAGUGGCAGCCCACAGCUGAUGGGCUCGGCUACACUGAAGAUAACAGUUGUAGAUGACAAUGACAGCAGGCCUCGUUUCCCACCCAUGAACCCACUGGUAAUCAGCGAAGCUGCUGAAGUUGGUUACCCUCUGGUAACAGUGACUGCCAAUGAUGCUGACACCUACCCAACCCUAACCUACCAAUUCACAGCUGGUGGUAACCCAGACAACAAGUUUGCCAUUGAUCAGUUCAGUGGCAGCAUUACGUUGGCCGAGCCCCUAGACCGCGAGCAGCGGGAUAUUUAUAGGCUUGAAGUGCAAGCGUCAGAUUCCAGGUACACUGAUGAGAUCACGCUGGUCGUCAGGGUUAGAGAUGAGAACGAUAAUGAACCUCAGUUCAGCCAGCAAUCUUACCAGGCGGCAUUGUCUGAACUGACUCCAUCUGGCUACCCUGUUCUGACUGUCAAUGCAACGGAUGCUGACAUCGAAAACAAUGCUCAGAUCAUCUACAGCAUGGGAGUGGCACCUGUGCAGGGAUUUGUGAUUGAUCCUGUGACAGGUGCCAUCACAACCAACCAAACCAUCAAUUUCAAUCCGGCCCAGCCCAUCAUCCAACUUGUCGUCACGGCAACAGAUCAUGGCAUCCCGCCCUUAUCCAGCGUCGUAGCCGUCCGUGUCCAGGUGCUAGACAUCAACAAUAAUGCCCCAACUUUUGAAUAUGCGCUGUACUCUGCAUCUGUGGAUGAGGACAAAUCCAUUGGUUGGCUUGUAACCACGGUAACCGCAAAAGACGAAGAUCCAUCAUAUCAUAACCAGAAGAUCGACUACACCAUUGUCAGUGGUAAUGAAGAUGGGAAAUUUGAGAUCCUCAACGAAGGUGCGACUUAUGAGAUCAUGAAUGAAGAUGAGAACUUUAAGAGUGGAGACAUAGUGUUGAUUGAUGCACUGGACCGUGAACUCGUAGACAGCUACACGCUGAUUGUGGCAGCUACUGACCGUGGACUUCCUCAGCGUAACUCAACAGCAGAGAUUGUCAUUCGAGUUGUGGAUGUUAAUGAUCACGCACCAAGGUUCAACCAGACCCAUUAUGUUGGAACAGUCCAGGAGAAUGCCACAACCAACACAAGUGUUGUGCAGGUGUUUGCCAGUGACCUUGAUGAGGGACGAAAUGCAGAGAUCCUAUUUGAUAUUAAAUCAGGCAACGAAAUGGGAAUGUUUUCCAUAAAUGCAACUUCCGGCUUGAUCAGCGUUGAAGGGAACCUGGAUCACGACACUAUACCUGAAGUGAGGAUGUCAGUGCGGGCUACCGAUCGCAGUGCUGAUAACCCACUACAUGCUGUGGUGCAAGUGAUUAUUGAAAUCACCGAUUACAAUGACAACAUCCCCUAUUUCCCAUUCAUGAUGUAUUUGGAACGGGUUGCUGAGAACCAGCCUGCAGGCACUUCCGUGUUUCAGGCUCAUGCAAUUGAUAAGGACACCGGUGAAUAUGGUCAGCUGACUUACGCCAUCAUCGAAGGCAGCGGGAAGGAUCUCUUUAACAUCAACUCAGUCAGUGGUGAGGUUACCACUGUGCGACCUUUUGACUACGAAAAAGAGGAAUCGUACCGCCUUCUCAUCCGAGCCGUCGAUAAAGGUGGGGAAUCAGUAUCUGUACAAGCCCAAGUUGAGAUUACCAGCCAAGAUGACUACCAGCCACAUUUUGACCAGAAGGAGUACCUGUUUAGUGUGGCCCAGGAUGCAGCAGUGGGCACUGUGGUGGGUACAGUACAUGCCAGUGAUAAUGACACAGGCGCAGACGGUGUUGUUUUGUAUGCCUUUGAAAGAAGCGGUGAGGAAUAUGAACAUGAGUUCUUUGCCAUCAAUCAAAGCACAGGGAUCAUCACCGUGAAGAAACGCCUCAAUUCUUCAAGCAGACGGAAGAGGGACUUGCCUGGAGCUAUCUACAGGAAUCGUCGGCAGAUUGCAGAAGGUAAAGACCAGUUUUCAUUGAUUGUAAAAGCCAGCUCAGGAAAACAAGGAUCAAAAGAAGACAGAGUAUCCAUCACAUUGAACAUUGGCCCAUCGACUACUCCCGGAGGUUAUGCAGGCCUGCCCACCACAACCAUUCUCGCUAUCGUCAUUCCCGUCGUCUUUCUUAUCAUUCUCAUCAUCAUCAUCCUGUUCUUCAUUGCACGACGGAGGCGACGUGAGAAUCGCAAGAAGGAUUCCCAACCUCCCCCUUACCAGGCAGGGGAACGCUCACUGUCACCAAGAUCCUACGACAUUGCCUUUGACAAUGUGGAAAUGGGCCACAGUGCUAUGGUGAAUCAUGCCAUGAUCCCAGAGCAGCCGCUCACAGCAGGGGAUACCUCCUACAACAUCUACCCAGCUCGUAACCUCUACAACAUGCAUAGGAAUAACAUGAAUAGCUCUAUGGAGGUGGGACACCUGACGCGUACAGAUAUCUCGGAGGGCAACUCGGCUUCCAGUGGGAGAGGUUCAACAACUGUUGAAGACGACGAAAUCCGCCGCAUCAAUGAGCGAUCAGUAUCCGAUGAUCACACUGCCAGCGUACGGGACAAGGUCUUAGACUCCGGCAUCCAGCAAGAUCACGAAGAUGGCUUGUCCUUGAGAGAUACUGCAUCAGAUGUGAUGGGAUCUCCUCGAGAGAAGAACAUCAGUUACAUGAACAGUGCAAGCGCGGAGAGCAUGCAUGUAUUUGGUGAGGAGGGAGGCGGGGAAGCUGGAGGGGGUAUGGACAUUGGGAAUAUUAUCUACGCUAGACUUGAUGAGGUAGGAGCGGAGGAAGAUGAUGCUAUCAUGGAUGGCACCAGAGCCUUUGGUUGGGGAGACGACAUCCAACCGUCUAUGGCAGGCUCAUUGAGUUCCAUUGUUAACAGUGACGAGGAGUUGUCUGGCAGCUACAACUGGGACUACUUACUGGACUGGGGGCCACAGUUCCAACCCCUGGCUCACGUCUUCGCUGAAAUUGCUAAAUUAAAAGACGAUACGGUUGUAAAGAGGCAACUGGAGAGGCCACAGCAAAAACACAAACUUGUGAAACAGUACCCUCCUCCAUUGCUGACUAAUGUGGUUCAGGGACCCAUCAAACCUGUUGCUCCUCUUGCCAUGAACAAUGGUCAGUCGACGCAGAACCCACAAACCUUGCCACGCUCGCCCAUCGUCAACGAGAGCGCUUUCUCAGCUGUGGCCGUAUCACCUGAUCUGUCACCGUCUCUGUCACCCCUGGCACCGGGCUCCAUGUCCAUUUCUCCCAUGGUCACAUCGACAGGAGUCAGUUCAACCCAGUCAUCAAGUCGAGGGAACUCUGGCUCAAGCACACCCCAGCGAGCGUCUAGAAACCCCAGACAAGUAGCCAGUAUCCGCUUUGUGCCGUCGUUUACUGGCGAUGAGGAGGAAAUCCAAAUUUGAACAUUCCUAAAAUGUUUGGCAAGUCUAUCAGCUCAAGUACUAUUUUUAUCAUAUGAUGUAAAUAUCUGUAAAUAUAGUUUUGCAAAACAAGUAUUCUCCCUUUAGCUUCAAGUUUUCAGCCAAAUGGAUGUAAUAUGUAAAUCAUGCUUUUUACCACAUGAUUGCUACCUUUUGUACUGUAUUUUUUAUGUAAUUUUUGCUGAGGACUGUGUAAAUAGUUGUUUGUAUGAAUGAAGAGGCUGCAGCUUGACCAAUUAAUCCCAGCAGGAUUGGACCCAUUGUGGUGCUAGCUCUCUUGGUUAAAGAUUCUUCUGGGAAAUGGAUGAGCACCUAGUACUUUUAAAUUAUUUUUAAAUACGAGUGAAAAUUGUUUAUAGUAAUGAUAACAGUGUUAUCAAAGGUGAUAACCGAGUCAAAUAUCUAUUCAACUCAUUAUAACUUUUUCUCUCUAACCUUCUGAAAACUUGUUGAUUUUUAUUGUAAUAUCACGACGUCUUAUUAUUGCCUGCAAGUCACAAUGAAAUAAUUGUUCAACUAUUAGCAGUUUAGUUUGUGUUCGGUAUUGUGGGUUUUUGUUGAUUUAUUCAAUUUAGUUCUUAUUCUCUCUCUUGAACUCAAUUAUCACUCUUCCUAAUGUGACUGCCGUGCGAAUGGCAAAUGAUUGCACCAUUAUUUUGAUUUAAAUUAAAUCAAUUUUAAGUGUAUUCCUCCCAAAUCUAGCCAGGCUUCAGCUGUCGGCACUACUCUCAUGUUUGAAAUUGUUUGGAGGUUUUGACGAGGGUUCCAUUACAAGAAUCACUGAAGUGAUAUUUGCAUUCAAGGUUUUUAAUCAUGUCCGAGAUGAAAGGUCCCCUUCAAUCACUAGCUGAGGUAUCUUCAAAUCCAGCGAAUGUUAGUAUACUACCUGACAUACUGUAACAAAACGGGACAAAUUAAUCAUGUAGUUAUUUCAUGCUUGUCAGGCAAGUUAUUAGUAUUGAAUAAAUAUGGUAUUCUGUUAAGAGCAAAGUGUUUGGAUGGUGGACAUAAAAUUGUCAAUUGGAAACAAAUUCAAACAUAUUUUUAUAAGCUUUGGUGUGAUUUAUACAUAUUUUGCUACCAUUCCAUAUUUCAGUGUUUUUAUCAAUUUUUAAGAAGCUGAAGUAUUCUCAUAAUUUUAAAACCAAUACCAGCUAGAUAUUUGUAUAGGUGACUUUUGGAAUGAACUCUCAGUUCUCAAUUAUUUCAGGCUUGUGGGAAAGGCAUUCAUUUAUUUUUAAGAAAUUACAUGUACAUAUAUGUCAAUUUUGAGAGGGCAUUUUUUUACUCAAAUGUUUACCCUUUUGAGUCCAGUAUAUGUGUGGGGCAACCUUUAAGUGUUAAUGCCAACAAGAAAAAGGUGAGAAUCCAGAAUUUCAAAAGUCUUCCUGGUCAGAUUUUUACUGGCCACCUUGUAAUCAUUCUCUUUGUAAUAGCAACGCAUGUAAUAAAGUAAUAGGAAGAGAAAAGGGCACCUCUGAAAACGCAGAACCGGAAAUUGACAUUCUGAUGUACAUGUAGUUAUUAAACAUGCUGUGUCAAUAUUUCCUCCACUGCGCAACUGCUUCUAUCCCAGUUCAGCCAAACUAUAAUACUGUCACCUUGAUAAUACUCUUCCUUUUUUGAAUCAAAUAAAUGUAUGUACAUUUAGUUACUAUAGUUACCCGGCCCACCAACUAUCUUGAUUCAUUUUGUAUGGACAGUAUUUUUUAUCAACUAGUAUGGUCAGUUUUCUGUAAUGUACAGAAAGAACUUUUUCUAUCCACGGGGCUGAUUUAUGAUUUUGCUUUUUCUUUGUGUGUUAGUUUUGCAUGCGAGAUUUAUUCCUUUUUAGCAUUAGCAACCGUCAUCUUUAUUAUUUUAUUUCCAUUAAAUGUAUUAUAAUAUCGAAUUGUAUCAUGGAGAUUGGAGAUACUGUCGAGAGAAGAGAAUAAAAAUUAUCUCGACUAGAUUAUA